AUGUCUGCCCCAUUAUCUAAAGAAUUAAGAGAACAAUACAAGAUUAAAUCUAUCCCAAUCAGACAAAACGAUGAAGUCUUAGUUGUCAGAGGUUCUAAGAAGGGUUCUGAAGGUAAGAUCUCUUCUGUUUACAGAUUGAAAUUCUCCAUUCAAUUAGAAAAAUUACAAAAGGAAAAGUCCAACGGUGCUUCUGUCCCAAUCAACAUUCACCCAUCUAAGGUUGUCAUCACCAAAUUACACUUAGAUAAAGAUAGAAAGGCUUUAAUCCAAAGAAAGGGUGGUAACGCAGAAUAA